UCCACACUCCAUACCAGUUGGCGGCGGAAAUACACCAUUUUGUGGUAGAAGAAGAAGAAGAACUCGCAGGAACUUCCAGUUCAACCAGAAGUAGUUUCUCAAACACGUGAAUUUAGACAGAAGCAGCAGAAAAUGGAUUCUACCGUGUCAACAACUUCAGAAAGUGUUUCUAAGAAAAAGGGGAAGACGAAGAAACUCAAGCAAAAGGUAAAACCCGACGAAACUGGGGUGCAGGAGAUGGAUCAGGCGGAGAUUGAAGUAACAGAAAAGAAACCAGAGUCGGGAGCUUGUUUUCCUCCCACAUUCAGCGUGUCUGAGAUCAAAAACAAGCAGCGCAGACAUGCCAUGUUCCUGAAACUCAAGGAGGAGAAAAGAAAGCAAAAGUUGGAACUGAAAAAGAAAAAGAAAAAAGAGAGAAAAGUUCUUGGAGAUCAGGCUCCACCAAAGGAAGUUCCCAAGACAAUAGAAAACCAGAGAAUAUAUGAUGAAACUACAGUCAACCCAGAGGACGAGGAGGUGGCUUUUGAUGAAGGAACCGAUGAGUUCUCUGCUUACUUCAAUCAGCUGACAAAUCCCAAAGUUCUCAUCACCACUUCUGACAGGCCCAGAGGAAGGACCGUGAGGUUUUGUGAGCAGCUGGCAACAGUGAUCCCACAUGCACAUGUGUAUUACAGAAGAGGUCUGGCGUUGAAGAGAGUCAUUCCACAGUGUAUAUCUAGAGGUUUCACUUAUCUGAUUGUGGUCAAUGAGGACAGAAAGGUGCCAAAUGGUUUGAUUCUCUGUCACCUUCCUGAUGGCCCAACUGCACAUUUCAAAGUCAGUAGUGUUCGCCUUCGCAAGGAAAUGAAGGUUAGUGAAUUAUAGAUUUGUGUGUGUGUG